GUUUAAUCGUAAUAGGUGGGUUCUUAAGUCAUCAUUUCGGCAGCGUUGGGUGUUUUUUUAGCUAGAGCAAGGGAUAGAAGUAAUUACUUUUUUGUGCCGCUUGACUGACAAACAUUUUUUUGAUUUCCAGCCAGCUACGCGGCUUUGACGUCGAUAGAGCUGUCGGGUUUUAUAAGAAAUCACCAGACGAUGCGAAGCUGAAAAUACAGCCGACCUAAGCCAGAUUGAGUUACAGCGCAAUUUGAACACUAGCCUUUUUAGGCAAGAGAGGAGCACAGCUGUAAUUCCCGCCACCACUACUGGAUCCUGAUAUACGCAUUAUUCCGCUGACUGCUGCUUCACACGACCGACGGGUUUUGACAAACAAGAACUCAAAGCUUAAACAGAGAGACGAAUCUUGAUCUGCUCUUGUGACACGUCCAGACAAUCGAUCUUAACGCCUGUAAAACGCGAGCUGAGUGUUCCUUAUUACCCCUCUUGCAGGUGUGAAUGUGCGUUUAGCCGCUGCAAUCUAGACUUUUGCUUUGACUGGUAUUAGACACACCUGUAACUGCUAGGAAUUGUAUUUUAAAUUAUAUAUAUAUAAUUGAAUAGAGGGACACGGAGGCACUUGAAAUAUGGAGCUGUCCACUACCUCGGGUGCUGAUUAUACAGAUCUCUACUCGCGUUUACCUUUCAACAGUUCCUUUCAAGAAUACCCGAGCGAGCUAUUGUCCAACAGAAGCCUGAACGGCACUGCACGGAUCCCAGUGAAUGCUAUCACAAACAUCAUAAUUGCCAUCUCUAUCACAGCGCUCUAUUCUGUGGUGUGCGUGGUGGGACUUCUAGGAAACCUUCUUGUAAUGUAUGGGAUUGUCAGAUACACCAAAAUGAAGACAGCCACUAAUAUCUACAUCUUCAAUCUGGCUUUAGCGGAUGCGCUGUCCACCAGCACUCUGCCCUUUCAAAGCGCUAAGUACCUGAUGGACACUUGGCCAUUCGGGGAGCUGAUCUGCAAGAUUGUCCUCUCCAUCGACUACUACAACAUGUUCACCAGCAUCUUCACCCUGACCAUGAUGAGCGUGGACCGUUACAUUGCUGUGUGUCACCCAAUCAGGGCGCUCGAUUUCCGCACCCCAAUGAAGGCAAAAAUUAUCAACGUCUGCAUCUGGAUCCUCUCCUCGGUAAUCGGUGUGCCCGUCAUGAUCAUGGCUGUGACGAAAGCUACAGAUAAAGGUAACAUCAUUUGCAUGCUGGAAUUCCCUGACCCUGGCUGGUACUGGGACACAGUAACCAAGAUCUGUGUGUUCAUUUUUGCCUUUGUGGGGCCUGUGCUGGUCAUCACCAUCUGCUAUGGGCUCAUGAUCCUGCGGCUGAAGAGCGUGCGUCUGCUGUCUGGCUCCAAAGAGAAGGACAGGACCCUGCGACGGAUCACCCGCAUGGUGCUAGUGGUGGUGGCCGUCUUCAUCAUCUGCUGGACGCCCAUCCACAUCUUUGUCAUCGUGAAAACCCUGGUGGAUAUCGACAAGAAAAACCCCUUUGUCAUAGCAAGCUGGCACCUUUGCAUUGCCUUGGGCUACACCAACAGCAGCCUCAAUCCUGUCCUCUAUGCCUUUCUGGAUGAGAACUUCAAGAGAUGCUUCCGUGAUGUCUGCCUUCCCUUUCGCUCCAAGAUGGAGCAGCACAGUUUCACCAGGGCGAAGAAUGCUACCCGGGAACCCGUUUCUGUCUGUGCACCUUCAGAAAUGGGGAAGAAACCAGUAUGACUAGACAUGGAUCGUAAGCUGUAUGGAUCCCGUUCUAGGAGAGUCCAACAAGACCUUCAGUCAGAGGUCACACAAAUAUCCACUACAGAGUUUUAACCAUCAAGACAGUCCAGGAUGUCUUUUUUUUUUCCUGAAACGCUUGUUAACUUUUUUGUAAAAGCUUUAUUGAAUAUUGUUCUUUUGCUAAUUUUUUUUUUUUGCAUCCUAAUACAAAACAUCUCUCGCAUACAUCUUGAAAUGAUCCUAUUUCACGAAUAAAUUAAAAAAAUAAAAAGUUUCAACAUACUGCAUCUAAAGUAACGACUUUAAACUUUUAUAUUACAGACUGUUUUAAAACUGACAAUUGAAGACUGGUGACCAUUAGCACUUGUGCUAGGUUGACAGGGUAAGAGUUGCAUUGAUUGAAAGAAGCACCAAUCAUCAGAAUUUAUGAUUCUUUCUAGAACAAUUGCCACACUUUGAAGCCGUUAAGGUGGACUUUCAGAACUUGAACAAGUCUACAGCACCUUAAGCAUAUUAAUACAUUUAAAUAUCUUUCUUAAUGGACCAAUGAGUGGCUUGGCUGAUAAAAUCUGUGUGGUACGCAGGGUGGGUCAUACAGCAGAGAUUCAGGUCCUGGCUGUGCGUAGUAGGCUGGUCUUUGCUGGGUACCCCGAGGGGAGCGUUGCAUUGGCUCUGGCACUCCUGUGGGUUAGGGAGGCAAAACCGGCAGGGACUGUUUCUUCUCAUUGCUCUACAGCGAACCCUGCUGGCCAGGCCCCAAAUAAGAGAGGAC